UUGAAAGAUGGAGUAACAUUGUCAGAUCAAGAAAGUGCGACUAAAUUUGCCAAAUACUUCUAUUCAGUGUACAACAGCGAGCCAGCGCGUUUGAACUUAGACGAGGCGGUGUUGGCGGGCGGUGCGGGCAGCGCGCGCGUGCACGUGCCGCAACUGCAGCUAGGUGAGGUGCGCGCGGCGCUCGCCCGACUCAAGCCGAAGCGCUCGGCGGGCCCGGACGGUAUACCGGCGUUUGUAAUACGAGACUGCCGCUCAGUGCUGGCAGAACCGUUAUUAAGGGAGCAUUGCACAAAAAUUCACAUCCUUGACAAGAAAGACAAAAGCAAAUUCACAUCCUUGUCUAUCGCUCACAAUAUUCACAAAAGACUCGAAAUAAGAGUAAUGUAA